ACACGUAUUUGCGGUUUUUGCAGGAGACUCGGGCAUUCUUUUUUCAGAGGCAUGGUGCGUAUCUUGUUCGUUCAUCCGGAUCUGGGCAUUGGCGGUGCCGAACGGCUAGUAGUGGAUGCGGCGCUAGCUUUGCAAAGCAAGGGCCACUCGGUCAGCUUUCUAACCAACCAUCAUGACCCCAACCACUGCUUCGACGAGACGAAAGAUGGACGCUUGCCGGUGAUGACGGUCGGUGAUUGGCUCCCGAGAGAUAUCUUUGGCAAGUUCUAUGCCGUGUGCGCCUACAUACGCAUGAUGUACGCCGCCUUCUACUACAGUCUUUUCCUGUCCAAAAAAGAACCGGUGGAUGUGGUUUUCUGUGAUCUGAUCUCGCUGGGAAUUCCCAUAUUUCGGCUGGCACGUCCCAACCCUAAAAUACUGUUCUACUGCCACUAUCCAGACCAGCUGCUGUCCAAACCGGGAAGCCUUCUGAAGCAGUACUAUCGCAUGCCGCUCAAUUACCUCGAGGAAGUAACAACGGCGCAAGCAGAUGGCAUCCUGGUGAACAGUAAGUUUACCAGUCGAGUAUUUAAGGAAACGUUCAAACGAAUUGCAACCGAUCCGGAUGUGCUGUAUCCUUCGCUAAACACCCGAUUCUUCGACGAAUCUCACAUCGAUGAGUCGGACCAGGUGGUCAAGCUGUCGAAUGAUGCUUUCGUGUUUCUCUCCAUAAAUCGUUACGAGCGCAAAAAGAACCUUUCGCUAGCUUUGCACGCUUUCAAGGCGCUGCAGGAGUUGGUAUCCCCGGCUGAGUGGCACAAGGUGUGUCUCAUUAUGGCCGGCGGAUACGACGAUCGGGUGAUGGAGAAUGUGGAGCAUUACGACGAGCUGGAGGAGCUGGCUGAAGAUAUGCAGAUACGUGCCAAAGUACGUCUUCUAAAGUCUCCCACCGAUCGCCAAAAGCUGUCCCUGUUGCACCGCGCACAGGCCCUGGUUUACACGCCAGAAUUCGAGCAUUUCGGAAUCGUUCCGCUGGAGGGAAUGUACCUCUCGAAACCAAUCAUUGCAGCUAACAGUGGUGGUCCGCUGGAGACCAUCAUCCACGAGCAGACGGGAUUCUUAUGCGAGCCCGUCCCGAAGGAAUUUGCGACCGCGAUGGCAAAGCUGGUGAAAGAUGAUAAGCACUGCGAACGAAUGGGAGCCAUGGGACGGAAGCGAGUGCAGCAAAGGUUUUCGUUCGAGGCAUUCAGUACCAAGCUGGACAACGUCGUUACCGAUCUGAUUCAGCGAGAUGGAGAGAAAAAGUUCAAAUAGCAUAGGUGGUGCUUGUUGCUUUCAACAUUGCUGGCGAUUCAUGGUACUCCUGGGUUUGGCUGUGACUACCCGUGGAAACCCAUGUUUACAUUUCCAGUGCGUCAGCACAUCGACUAAAGCGACUGCAAAGAAUUUCAAUGUAAAAUUGUGUAUCUCUCUGACCGCUGGAAUAAUGCGCUGCGGCGCAUAUUCAUACAGCCCCAUUAUAUCUUAAUGCACGUAGUUAUUGUGAUUAGCCAGCAUAGUAGCAGUGAACAGAACUAGUUCCAGUAGAUUAUCGAGUUGUAGUUGAUGUUUUAGCCUUCUCAAAUAAACUUCUAAUCAAAAGCUUCCGACGUCCGGCAUCUCGCGACCGUGAUGGGUGGGAGUUUCGUAUUUUGAAUUCAGUC